AUGGAGUUCCUCCCCGACGGGGCGCACGUGCGGCUGCGGAACCGCAUGCACGGCGCGUACCUCCACGCCGACGAGGACGGGGUCGGCGUCUCCCUGAGCCCGCGCCGCGCCUCCCUGAACACGGCGUGGCGGGUGCACCGGGUCCGGCGCGGCGGCGACGACUACGUCCUCCUCCACAGCGCCGCCUACGGCCGGUACCUCGCGCUCUCGCCCCAGCGGGUGUCGCUGGUCUACGCCGGCCACGCCGCCGUCCAGGGCGCCUACGACGCGCCGGAGCAGGUCGACGUCCUCUGGGAGGCCGUCAGGGUGGCGGACGCCGCCGCCGACGUCCUCAUGCUCCACGUCUCGAACCGCCUCCUCCGCGCCGCCCCCUGGAACCCCGCCUUGCCCUCCCCCGUCUACGUCGACAUCGACAACGCGGGCACGGUGAUGCAGUGGGUGAUCGAGGCCAUCCCCCUGAGACAGGCGCCGCCGGCCCUUCAAGGCCCAACCGAGCUUCCCCGUGGAGUGGUGUUGUGGCGAACAAUCGUAUACAUGAAGGCGGAUAGCCAAGGAAAGGUCGACCCGCUCUCCAGGAGAACGUACGGGUUCUCCGGCCGGUCCUUGUUCCACCUGACGGGCGACCUGGCGAACCAACUGCGCUUACAGUUCCGCAGCAUCACGCUGUGCGUGCGGGCCGGCUCGCAGGGGCGGUUGACUCCUCUGGUCAUAGACCUGCCUGCCGACGAGCGGACCAUGGAGGUCGUCGUCUUCACCAACGGGUCAUCAGCUUCGGCGUUGCAGCACCCAAAUGUUGAUGCAAUGUAG